ACCACGAAAGCGCUCUGCCAUGUCUUUGGUGCUUUGCAACUCCCUCUUGGUGUGGUGUUUGCAGAUGCUUUUGUGCGUCGGGAAUUUCUUCAGCUCCACUUCUGAUGGCGAAUGGGCAGAGUAUCGUUCGGCAGCCAAGAAAGGUAAUAAAGGAGAUGUCGCUCCCCAUAGCAAAUGUAUUGUCAUGCUGGGGGCUGUGAUGUCAGGCAGCCCACUUACUCAUGUCCUUACAAUCCUGCUUGGCUGUGCGAGCUGUCCACACAAAGCUGUCCCAUUUGCUGCUUAUGGAUGAGGACUCAUCACAGGGGACCUAAGCAAUCUCAUGUAGUUGGACUGUAGGAGCUGGAACUUCAAGCGCAAGUCUAGUGUCACCCUAGAAACAAUCUCCAAUUCCAACCUUUGUGCUUGGUGCUAACAACCAAGAGACCAUGCACUGUUUUCCAGAUGUCACUGGCUGUGAAUUAGCUGAGAACAUCACUUACUUAGGCCGUCGAGGUCUUUUCAGUGGUACUUCAGGACUACAGAUCGCAUACCUGAGUGGCACCGAGUCUCAGGAUGAGCCAACUCCUGCCUACAGCUUUAGCUCAAAGGAUGUGACAGAAUUAAAAACAUCUUUGUUAUCGACCUCAGACUUCAAGGGUGUAGAUAUAUUGCUGACUUCCCCCUGGCCCAGAGACGUUGAGAGUUUUGCCAACAGCCCAGGAGAGAUAGAUACCAAGAAAUGUGGUUCCACAUUAAUAUCUGAUCUAGCUGCAAGUCUUAAGCCACGGUAUCACUUUGCUGCGCUGGAGAAGGCCUAUUAUGAAAGACUUCCUUACAGAAAUCACACAGUGCUGCAGGAGACCCCGCAACAUGUGACCAGGUUUAUUGCUCUUGCUGAAGUUGGCAAUACAAGCAAGAAGAAGUACCUCUAUGCAUUCAGCAUUGUUCCCAUGAGCUUGAUGGACCCUGCAGAGCUAGUAAAACAGCCCAAAGAUGUCACUGAAAAUCCAUACCGAAAGUUGCGGAAGGGGGCACAGAAGAGUAAAAUACUUGGGUGUGCAGAGGAAGAAACACCAUGUCAGUUUUUCUUCGAUUUGAACAAGCAUCAAGGGAAGAAACGUCCCUCAGAUGGGAAGGAUAGAGGGAGCUCCCAGCCUAAGCAAGCCAAAAAACCCUCACAGCCCACAGGGCCUUGCUGGUUCUGUCUUGCUAGCCCAGAAGUGGAGAAGCACUUGGUUGUUAGCAUUGGCACACACUGCUACCUUGCCCUGGCCAAGGGUGGCUUAUUACCUGAUCAUGUCUUGAUUUUGCCUAUUGGGCACUACCAGUCGGUGGUUGACUUGUCUUCAGAGGUGAUGGAAGAAGUGACCAAGUACAAAUCUGCCCUGAAGGAGUUUUUCAGAAGCAAGGGAAAGAGAUAUGUCUUAUUUGAAAGGAACUACAAGAGUCAGCAUCUGCAGUUACAGGUGAUUCCUGUCCCAUUGCACUAUACUUCUAAAGACAUUAAGGAGUGCUUUAUUACACAGGCACAGGAGCAACAGCUUGAACUGUUAGAAAUCCCAGAGCACUCGGAUAUCACGCAAGUGGUGCAGCCAGGCACACCGUACUUCUAUGUGGAGCUGGACACAGGCGAGAAGCUCUUCCACUGCAUCCGGGGCAGCUUCCCACUGCAGUUUGGCAGGGCGGUACUAGCCAGCGGUGCUCUGCUGGCGCUCCCUCAGCGCUCCGACUGGCGCAGCUGCACGGCGGCCCGGCCGGAGGAGGCGGCGCAGGCCAGCGCCUUCCGUCGCGACUUCCAGCCCUUCGACUUCGCCCCGCGGGAUGACGUCGGAGCGACCGCGGCGGCGGGCGGGCGGGCGGGCGGGAGGGGUGGUGGUGCGAUGACGCGGCAAUAAAGGUGGAGCUACAGGCGCGGAGCCGUGUGCGGCGCCAUGGAGCGGGGCGCGGAACGCGGACCACCCCCGGCCCCAGGAGGCGUCGCGCUGCGGGGACAGCCGGCGGGCGGCUGCGGGCCGUGGGAGAUGCGCGACCGCCUGGGCACCGGCGGCUUCGGACACGGGCGCCCGGGUGGCCAUUAAGUCGUGCCGGCUGGAGCUGAGCGUCAAGAACAAGGACCGCUGGUGCCACGAGAUCGACAUUAUGAAGAAGGCCUCCUGGAUGCGCCUUUCAGUCGCAGGAGCAGCGUGUUAUGGUCAAAGAGCAGCUGCCGGCAGCCUGCAGGGCCCAUGUGCUGUAUCUACCGCGAGUGCUAGCACGUGCUUAAGAAACCCCUGGGCCAAAAAGAACAUUUCCCUACACACAAGAAUAGAGAUGACUUCACCCAGAGUGUGAGGUUGAACCAUCCCAACGUAGUGAGAGCCUGUGAAGUUCCCGAGGAAAUGAACUUUCUUGUGAAUGAUGUUCCUCUUCUGGCAAUGGAGUAUUGCUCGGGGGGGGACCUCCGGAAGGUAAUGUCUCCUUUGGUUUGCAUGGCACAGCAAAACAAGGGGAGGUGGUGCUGUGUCCAUAGCUGCGGUCAUCUAUGAAGAUAUCUAUGUUCUGCAGAGCUGCUCCUUUUUUAGUGUAGAUCCAGGGAAGUAAAUAUACAGUGACUACUUGAAGAGCUUUAUAAGCAGGGGGACUGACUUUUUACAUGGAUGUAGUGACGUAGCAAAGGAAAAUGGCUUUAAAAUAAGGGAGUUUAAGUUAAAUGCUACAGAGAAACUCUUUACUCAGAGGGUGGUGAGGCCCUGGCACAGACUGCCCAGAGAAGCUGUGGGUGCCCAGUUUCUGAAAGUGCCCAAGGCCAGGCUGGAUGGAGACCUGGGCAACCUGAUCUGAUGAGGUACGACCAUCCCAUGGCAAGGAUUCGAACUGAAUGGGCUUUAAGGUCCCUUCCAACCUAAGCCUAGAUGCUAGCACCCUACGUGUCAGGGUUUAGAGUCUGAUAUGUCAUUAACUGUCAUGCGUCCAGUGUUGCACAGCUCUCAGUGCUGGACUGAUUCCACCAGAGCUUCACUGACUUUAGCUGUCUCCUUCCUGUCAGGCUGGGAACUGCUCCUCUACAAAGCUGCAGCACCCACAAGAAAAGGAAACUGGCAGCAGCUGCAUGGCCAGAUAGAAGCUCAUGCUCCGCUCCAUUGUAGCUGUACGCAGGAAGCAGUCACUUGUUUGGAAGUGGAGAAGUAAUUUUCUGCCACUUAAGUUCUGCUUAGAAAUCAUGUCAUCAAAGUGACCAGGAAACUUUUUUUCUGUUCAGUUUUUGUUUUUUCCCACCAGUGCUAUGCAGCAAACAGACUGGAGAAAUCUGAGCAGAUGUUAAAUGCUGUAAUGCAUAUCCUCACGAGCAGUUAAUGUGUAACUCACUCAGUCUCAUCUUACAUUUUAGUACUGUUUAAAACAAUUGGGACAAUGUUAAGAGGCUGAAAGGCUGGCAAUUAAAGGAAGGGGCUAAAUGUGGAAAUAGCAUACUGCAAGGAAACAUAGCGGGCCACAUACCUGGUGAUGCUUGGAUGUUGUAUUUAUGCAGUAAAAGUUUUGAGGAUAGUUGAAGGCAAAUUGGAAACAUCAGCCAAAAAAUUUGGGGUUAUAUUAGCUCUACAUUCAGUGCAGUAUUUGAUUAUUUAGCAUCUAACAUGUAGAUCCUAGAGCAGAUUGAGAAGUACUGUGCUUUAUUUCACUUGAUCGCAUGUAGUGUUUUGUUCUUUAAAAAAAAAAAAAAGGAAGCAUUGUUUCUCAUUUCUGAUCCCGCACUUCUUAGAAUCUUUUCCUUACAGUUGUUGGACAUAGUGCUUUUCAGUGCUGUUCAUUUCCCAUUGCACAUCCAUAAUCUUUUAUAAAGCCUGGAAAAGCAUCUGUGUCUGUGGGCCACGCACAUUUUAUGCUUGUGCCAUCUUAGGGCAAUUUCCUCAGAAGAUGAGGAAUACAAGGUUCCGGGAGCCUGGGGAUCCCUGCUGCUUACAGCCCUCUGGCCCUGCCUGAGUCUCUCACCCACUUGCUUUCUGAUGGCUUUCAGGUUUCUGUGGUUUUAUUCCAGCAGUCCAAGUCUCUUCAACCUUGUCUCGGUGCAGUGAAUUUUUGUUUUCUUUCUUUCCCUCCCCACUUUUAUUUCACUCUAUUCAACAAGAGUUAUAUUUGAGCUGUGCUGUUUUCUGUGUGGUGUUGGCAGGGGAUGGAAGAUGUUGUUCCUGACUAUUAAUUGAUGCAUUGCAAGUGUAAGCAUCUUUUUCUUUUUUGUAGCUGCUAAACAAA